AUGAAGUGCGCAGGUUGUCUGAAGGUUACUAAGAAUGCAAGUGUCAUUACAUGUACAUCGCCAAAAUGCGAAAAAACAUAUUGCUCGUACUGUAUUAAUUUAACAUCAGUUACAGGGGAGGGGAAAAAGUGCUGGAAGUGCCCCGAGUGUAGUGCCUCCAAGAAAAAAGGCGGCGAUAACACCCAAACGCCAAUACGCCCUAACCCAGAUUCGCAAAACGUUACGAUGCGCAAAAAGGAUGUCUCCGACUGUCAGACUUCUGAGGCAGAAAUAAGAGAAUUAACAGCGGUAAUCGCUCGCUUAACUAGCGAAUUUUCGACACUAAAAACAAAGUUGGAAGAAGUGACGCACUCUUUAUGCCAUUGCGAUGAAAGAAUGGACGAGUUAGUCCGGGGCAUGUCAGCCAAUGAAAAUCGCUUGACAAAACUAGAAAAACGCGAUCAGGAAAUUAUAAACUUGCAUGCAUCUGUGGCCCAUCUACAAAAUGAGCUGAAUAUACAAGCACAACAGGGGCUCCGCAACGAAAUAGAGAUCGUCGGUAUACCAGAAGGUAAUAAUGAAAAUCUAGAACAUAUUGUUAAGGUGGCCGCACAAAAAGUUGGAGCACAGUUGGAAGACGUCGACGUGGACUGGAUUACCUGCGUUGGACCUCGGCGCCUGGCUGUACCACCUAAUGUUCCAGAUGGUGGCAGUAGAAUGCCUCGACCCAUCGUAGUCCGUUUGCUCCGGCGAUCCAAGCGCGACCAGCUACUAAAAGCCUUCAAAUCAAGAAAGACCCUCACCAGCGCAGACCUGGGAAUAAUUGGCUCGCCGAUUAAAAUUUUUUGUAACGAACGACUUACGAAAGAAAAUAGACUUUUAUUUCGUGAAGCCAGAGCGAGAGCCAAAACCCAUGAUUAUGCAUUCUGCUGGUGCAACCAGGGUGCAAUAUAUAUUAGAAAACGAGAAGGGAAAACUGCAACACUUAUUAGAAGUAAACACGAUCUGGACCGUCAUCUGCCAACUAAAGAGGAUAUCUAA